AUGGACAUUGACGGCGAGGGGAAGGCUCCGCGGGGGAGGUACUUGGCGCGCUCCCCCGUGCGCGCGCCGUCCAUGGCUGGCGCGCGAUCUCGUCCCGCGGAUCUAUCGGCGAAUGCGGUUCCGGGUCGCAGUGCAAGAGAAGGCGCAGGCUCAAGGGGGUUGCAGUAUGCGGCGGAGAAGGAGCAUGAAGAUGAGGAGGAGGAGGACGAGGAGGAGGACGAAGACGCGGAGGGGGAAGACGAGGAGGGGGACGGGGAGGGGGAGGCGGACGGUGAGGAGGACGAGGAUGAGGAUAUGGUGGAGGGGGAGGCAGAUGGGGGGGACGAGGAUGAGGGGGGAGAGGAUGAGGAGGUGGGAGGGGACGGAGGUGAAGGCGAGGAGGAGGAGGAGGAGGUGGAGGGGGACGAGGUCGAGGAGGAAGAGGAGGAGAGGGAGGAGGCGGCGCACCCGGCGCACGGCAAGAAGCUGCUGGUCGCGGGCGUGGCGCGGCGCGGCAACAAGCUCGUGAUCUCCCGUCCGGGCAUCACCAGAGAGGCGGAUCGGCGGGAAGGGGACGCGCAAGGGGCUAGUAUGGCGGUCGAAGGGAGAGGGAGCGGGAGGUCUGGGGAGUAUGGUAGCGGGGAAGAGUCGGGGGAUGGGUCAAGCGGUGACGAGUUGGCGGAAGAGUUGGCGGAAGAGGAGGACGAGACAGAUCUGGGCGGCGGACUGGGCGCGGUCGCCGUUGGGCGCGCGGUUGGUGGCAGGGCGGACGAGCAGGAGGGGGGACUUGAUGGGGAGGAGGAAGACGAAGAGGAGGAGGAAGAAGAGGAGGAGGAAGAGGAAGAAGAGGAGGACGAGGAGGAGGAAGAAGAGGAGGAGGAGCUAGAGGGGUUUGGGGUUGCGGAUGGAGAGGGAGAGGCAUCAGAAAAUGCGAAGCUUUUGUCUCAAGUGCUAGCAGGCGAAGAUGUGGACGUUGGGGUUGCGGAGGAUGAGGACGGGGGGGACUCCGGGGCGGGCGUAGGUGACAGUGACGACUCGGAAGAGGAGGAACAGGAGCAAGGGGACGGCGAGGCGGAGGAGAUCGACGCAGAACAAGAGGGCGAUGUAGAAGGGGAGGAGGAGGGGGAGGAAGAGGAGGAGGCGGAAGAGGAGGAGGAGGAUGAGGAGGAGGGGGAGGGGGAGAAGGAAACGAAAGAGGGGGAUGAGGAGGAGGAGGAGGAGGAGGAGGAGGAGGAGGAGGAGGAGGAGGAGGAGGAGGAGGAGGAGGAGGAGGAGGAGGAGGAGGAGGAGGAGGAGGAGGAGGAGGAGGAGGUGCAAGAGGGCGUGCCACCGCCGUUGAAGGCGGCAGAGCUGGAGCACAUGCCGCUCAAGGAGUUACGGGUCACAACGGUGCGGUCCAAGGGAAGCUCGCCUACCAAGCCCGGCAAGCCAGCCAGGUCGUCUCCCCCAGCGCCAUCACCGCAGCUGUCAUCGCGCGCCCACAGCAAGCGCUCGUCCCUGCCACCAAAGAAGUUCCGAUCCGAUGUCAUCAUGCUGCCGCUCUCCCAGUCCCCCACCGCCUCGCCCUCCCCCGCUGCGCACCGCAAACUGCUCCUCCUCCCGCCCCGCCCCCCCACUUUUAAUGACGGCGACGGUGCUUCGGCUGCCGAGCCUGGGCAGCAGGGUCGGCAGCUUCCGUCCGCGCCGCAGGGGUCGAAGCGGAGGCGCGGGGUAAGGCUGGCAGGGGGCGGGAGCAGAGCGCACGGAGGAGGUGGAAAGGGGAGGCCGGAUGGAGAGGAGGAAGCGAGGGGCAGAGAGAGGAGGGGAGAUGGGGAGGCGGAGGGGGAGGAAGAGGCUUUGCUGAUCCCAUCGGAAGUGCCUGCAGCAGCGUACAGGCAGGGGAUGCUUGUGUGGGCGAAGCUGCUGCCGGGACUGCCUUGGUGGCCGGGCCUGGUCCGCAAAGUGCAUGCUCAGGCGCAUAAAGACGAGGCGGAGGAGGGGAGAAAGGCGGCUGGUGAAGGGGACUCACACGAGGGUUCUCUGACGGUGGUGCUUGUGGGGGGAAAGGGCGAGGGGUGCGAUGGUGAUGGUGGUAGCACGGAGGAGGAUGAGGUGGAGGUGAAGAGUGAAGGUCUUAAGAAACGGGAUGGUGAGAGGGCGAAAGUGAAGGACGAGCGAGAGGAAGGGAAGGGAGAGCAGACUGGCAUAGAGGCGGCAGCGGCGGCAGGAGAACAAGGCACAGCAACGUUACAGGGGCGCAUUGGCAAGAGGGCCACCAUCGCAAGCGUGCUUGUCCUUCCCUUCGCUCCGCUUCGCACUCAGCUAGGGCGGCAGCGCAUGCCAUGUGCGCCCAACCUGCGCUCUCUCUUCCGUGCAGCCCUCGCAUGGGCGGACGCGCAUGCACAGCAGCACCCCGACACAGAUGGAACAAGCCUGGCAGCGCUCGUGGGAGCGCCAGGGCCGGCGCACAGGAGUGGUGGUGCGAGGCUGGGGGAGGAGGAGGUGGUGGUGCCGGUGAAAGGGGCACACGGGGCCUCGUGGAGGGCGAGGAGACGCGAUGGGAAAAGGGAGUACACAGAGUGUUUCAAGUGCAAUGCACCGCUCUGCACCGCAUCACCGUCCGCUGCUGCAGACACAAAAUCUGUGAAGCGCGAGAGCAGGGAGGGAGGCGGUGGUGCUGGUGCUGAUGGUGACAACUCUUCCCUACACUGUGUGUGGUGCCCUCGUGUGUACCACACUGGCUGUGCUGAUGCGCCCAAGGAGAAGGCGAGGCCUCAAUGGCAGUGCAAUAAGUGUAGGACAGCGGCAGCGGAGAGGCUAGCACGAGCUGCUGUUGCUGCGGCUGGUGCAGGCCCAGGGCAGGCAGAUCCGAACAGACAGACAUUCCUGGGGAGCAUGAGGGAGAGGCGCAAGGCCCCCCGCAUGAGUUGGUCCAGUCUGGCGGAGUCUGAUGAUAGUGACCAGGAGGAGAGGCCGGGUGGGGGGAAAGCGGAGGAGGCGGAGCAGCAGGAGGAGGAGGAGGACGAGGAGUGUGUGCGGUUGGAUGAAGAUGAUGGGGGUGGAGAGGAGGACGAGGAGGGAGCAGAGGUUGUGGUGGCCUCAGAUGACAGUGCAGAGGAGGGGGGUGGAGUGUGGGGGCGGUCAGGGCUUGAUUUGGAAUUUUCGAGGGACAAGGCGGGGAGGAAGGGGGCCGUGGGUGGGGGGAAGGCGGCUGGUGCAGGGCAGAAGGUGUCAGGGGGAGGCAGGAUGGCGGCGGUGGGCGGUGGGCGGAUGGAGAGGCGGAUUGAGAGCUUGGUGGGGGGGCUGGCGGAUGGGGGGAAGGGCCGGGUUGAUGCGGCGGAGGAUGAGGAGGCGUCAUGGGUGUGUGCGGUGUGUGGCGAUGCCGGUGGUCUCGUCGUUGCAACAAAAGCACCCAAGGGAGCAUGGAUCUGCCCAGUGUGUACAGAGGCCUCCACUCUCGAGAUCGAGCGCAUAUUCGGGUGCAGGAUUCGGGGCAAGCAAGAGGCUGGCGCUGUCAAGAAGGCGGGGGAGGUGGAGGGGAGCGACGAGGAGGGCAAGGGAGGGGGGAAAGAGGAGAAACGGCGCCUCCUUACUGGUGCUGCGGAGGAUGUAGGGGCGACGGACAUGGAGGAGCAGGAGGAAAGGGAGGAGGUGGAUGUGGUGACGGUUGGUGACGCUGAUGAAGAUGCUGGUGCUGAUGCUGAUGGGCAUGCGGCAGAGAUUGCACGGGUGAGAGCUAAGGCAGCAGCGAGUGGGAGUGCUGUAACUGAUGGAGAUGCCACUGCUGGGCCUGAUUCUGGUUUGGCAGGGCGGGAUAUGAAGAAAGCAGGGAAAGAAGAGGGGGGGAAGGAGGAUGGAGGAGCAGCAGGUGACGGGGGAGAGGGGACGAGUGCGCGGACGAGAGGCAAUGCGGGGAGGGGGUUGAAUGGGGAGACAGGGGCGAGAAUGGCUCGUGUUGGGGGCAGUGGUGCUCGUGCCACGUGGAUGGAUGGUCGUGGGGAGAGCCAUGGGAAGGAUGAGAGGGAGCAAGGGAAGGAGAAGGCGGAGAAUGAGGAGGAGAAGGUGGGGAAGGAGAAGGGUGAGAAGGAGAAGAGUGAUGAGAAAGUAAUGGUGGAUGCUGGUGGGAAAGAAGGAGGCAAGGAGGGGAGUGGGGCUAAAGAGGGAGGGGAGGGGGAGAGAAAGGCAAAGGAAACAGAUGGCAAAGAGAAGAAGGAUGAGAAGGGAGGCAAGGAGUUGGCGAAGGCAGGAGAGACAAGCAGCAAGGACGGCGAGAAGGCUUCUGGCAAAAGCAAAGACGGGGACCAGAAGCAGCAGAAGAGCGGCGAGAAGGAGAAGGGGAAGGAGAAGGAGGAGGGAGAGGACGAGGAGGAAGAGGAGGAGGAGGAGGCUGUGGUGGAGUAUCUAGUGAAGUGGGCGGGGAAGGCGCAUGUGCACAACACGUGGCUGUCGGAGGAGCAGGUAGCAGCGCUGAACCAGCGCAAGCUGGACAACUACCGGCAGCGCCACGGGCGCAUGCCUUUGUCUCUCAUGGAGGAGCAGUGGAACCACCCCCACCGCAUCAUCGCCCACCGCUUCCUCUCCCGCCCGCGCCUGCCGUCCAAAGCCAAAGGCGGGGGCCGGGCAGGCGCGAGCGCGGCACGCGGAGGGAAAGGGGCGCAGCAGCAGCAGCAGAGGCAGCAGCGGGAGGUGCUGGUGAAGUGGUGCGGACUACCAUACGAUGCAUGCACGUGGGAGGACGUGAACAGCCCUGCCAUGGUCGCCAACCCCAAGGUCCUCCAAGCCUACGAGACCUUCGACCGCAUGGCCAGGGCCCCAGCACCCGCCCCUGUCCCGCGCAAGCCCUCAGCCGUGCCCGACCUGAAGGAGCAGCCGAGUAACCUGGCAGGGAAGCUGUUCCCGCAUCAGCUGGAGGCGAUCAACUGGCUGCGCCGCUCCUGGGCGCGGCGCAGGAAUGUGAUUCUGGCGGACGAGAUGGGGCUGGGGAAGACCAUAUCAGCCGCGUCGUACCUGUCGUGUGUGAAGACAGAGCUCAAGGUGCCCGGGCCGUGCCUGGUGCUGGUACCGCUCUCCACCAUGCCCAACUGGUCUGCAGAGUUUGCCAUGUGGGCGCCGCACCUGAACCUCGUGGAGUACCACGGCAGCGCCAAGGCGCGUGGGGUUAUCCGUGACUUUGAAUUCUUUGCUUCCGGGGAUGCGGGUGGGGAGAAGUUGAGGGCAGGGGGGGCGGGGAACCGACGGUACCGGUUCCACGUGAUGCUGACAACGUUUGAGAUGGUUCUGGCAGAUACGUCCGUGCUGCGCGCAAUCCCCUGGGAGGUGCUUGUAGUGGACGAGGGGCACAGACUGAAGAACAACGAGAGCAAGCUGUUCACGCUGCUCAAUACCUUCUCCUUCAACCACCGCGUGCUGCUGACAGGCACGCCGCUGCAGAACAACGUGGGCGAGAUGUACAACCUCCUCUCCUUCCUCCACCCCUCCGACUUCCCGUCGCUGUCGGCGUUUAAAGAGAGGUUUGCGGCGAUGGACGCGGCGGGGCAGGUGGCAGAAGUGCAGCGCAUGGUGGCGCCGCACAUGCUGAGGCGGCUCAAGCGCGAGACCAUGAAGCACAUCCCGCCCAAGGAGGAGAGGGUUGUGCCUGUGGAGCUCUCCGUUGUGCAGGCGGAGUACUACCGGGCGCUGCUGACGAAGAACUACCAGGUGUUGCGCACGGGCAAGGGCGGCCACCAGUCCAUGCUCAACAUUGUCAUGCAGCUGCGCAAGGUGUGCAACCACCCGUACCUCAUCCCAGGCACGGAGCCCGUGGUGGGCAGCAUGGAGUCGCUGCAGGCAGCGCGCGUGGCAGCGUCAGGCAAGCUGCAGCUGCUGGACCGCAUGCUGGAGCGCCUGAGAGCGGCGGGGCACCGCGUGCUCAUCUUCUCGCAGAUGACGCGCCUGCUGGACAUUCUCGAGGAGUACCUGGCUGUGAAGUUUGGCCCCAGGACGUAUGAGAGGGUGGAUGGGAGCGUGGGCGUGGCGGAACGGCAGGUGGCCAUUGCACGGUUUAAUAAGGACAUGUCGCGGUUUGUGUUUCUGCUGUCAACGCGCGCGUGUGGGCUGGGCAUCAACCUGGCCACUGCAGACACGGUCAUUAUCUACGACUCUGACUUCAACCCCCACGCUGACAUCCAGGCCAUGAACCGAGCGCACCGCAUAGGGCAGUCGAAGCGGCUGCUGGUAUACCGUCUGGUGGUGCGCGCGAGCGUGGAGGAGCGCAUCCUACAGCUGGCCAAGCGCAAGCUGCUCCUCGACCACCUCCUCUCCGCCUCCAACCCCGGUGGCGCCGCCGGCGGCGCUGCUGCUGCCGGUGGUGCGAGCAAGUCGGGCAACGCUGGGAACGUGAAAGAGUUGCAGGAUAUUUUGAGAUGGGGCGCGGAUGAGCUUUUUGAGGAAGAUGCUAAGGUGGAUGUGGAGGGCGGGGAGGAGAGGGCGAAGGGGGAAGGAGGGGAGGGGAAGGGGAAGGGCGAGGGAGCGGGGAAAGAUGGGGUGAAAGAGGGUGGGGAGAAGGAUGAGGGGAAGGAGGAGGAUGGGGAGGGGGGCGAGGGGCAGGUGAGGAGGAGCAGGCGAGUGUUGGGGCAGAGUGAGAAGGGGAAGGGCGAUGGGGAGGCAGAGAUGACUCCUCUUGCGUCCGCUGCUGCUGCUGCCGCCGCCGCCGCUGCUGCCGCUGUUGCUGCAGCUGCUGCCGGGGAGGCGGGAGGGGGCGCAGGAGGCAAGGAGGAGAAAGCAGGGGAGGAGAAGGGCAAGGAGGGGGACAGUGAUGAGGUGGAGGAGGUGAAGGGAGAAGGGGACGCGACAACUGACGCCAGUGCAGCAGCAGCAGAGGCAGUGGCGGCAGCAGGAGGAGGGACGUUCGAUAUGGGCGAGCACAAGAAGGGGCGCAAGGACCGGAGCAGUUUGGGCAACGUGUAUGGUGACACGUGUCAUGAGGGCGGGCGGCGCAAGCUGCAGUGGGACGAGUCGGCGAUCUCAAGGCUGCUGUGCCGUACGGUGGCAGAGGGGGCGCAUGGGGAGGAGGAGGCUGGGGAGCCACUGCUGGGGUCCAUCAAGGCGUGGGCAUUUGAGGAGGCGGAUGAGGAGGUGGAGGAGGAAGGGGGUGAGGAGGAGGGGGUGGUGGAGGUGGAGGGGGAGGAGGGGGGGGAAGAGGCGGUGGCAGCGGCAGCGGCAGCGGGGAAGAAGGGCAAGGGGCACAAGGAGCACAAGGACGACAAGGAAGACGCGUCUGGCGAAUGGGAGAGGUUGCUCAAGAACCGGUGGGAGCAGAUGCAGGUGGAGACGAGUGCGCUGCUGGGGCGGGGCAAGCGCACGCGGCGGCCGGUGUCGUACAACGAGCAGGGCAUUGUGGCCGCCAUGGCUGCUGCUGAUGCUGCUGCUCUCGCUGCUGCCGCUGCCGCCUCCAAGGAGGAGCAUGAGGAGGAGGAGGAGCCAGCAAGAGAGCUAUCAGCAGCUGGAAAGGCACAUAGAGAGAAAUGGCUGAAGCUGAGGCAGCGUCAGAAGGAGCGCAUAGCCAACCGAGGCAAGACGCCUCCCCCCAAGCCAAGAACCACCCAUGCCUCUUCCAAACGGCCCCACCACCCAUCAGCCACUCACACCGCCUCAACCCCUUCCCAUGCGGCCGGCAAACCAGCCUUAGCUGGUCACGCACACAAGGGAGCAGCGGCAGGAGCAGGAGGAGCAGGGGCAGCUGGCAAGUCUGGCACUGGAGCUGCUGCUGCAGGCGCAGCAGCAACAGCAGCAGCAGGAGCUGGAGGAGCAGGGGGAGCAAGCGGAGCGAGUGGGAAUGCGAGUGGGGUGAUGGGCAUGGAGGGCAGGAGGGAGUCUCACAUGGUAGGCAAGGUGCCGGCUGAAUGGCUCUGGAAUCACCCCGGAGCUGCUGGUGCCGGCAAGCCUGGCACAGCCACCACAGGAGCAGCAGCAGCAGGGCAAUGGCGUGCGGGGGGGGCGAGUGGGGCAGGGAACGGCACAGGGCAGGGGGGAGCAGGGGCCAUGGCGCAUGCAGGCAUGGGAAGAGCUGGGGAGAAGACCGAGCCUCGACCUUUCAGUCCGAACCAGCAUCUUGGGCUCGGGAAGUCAAGCAUGGGUGGAGGUAUGGGGGGAGCAGGAGCAGGGGCACGGGCAGCGGCAGGGGCAGGGGCUGGGCCAGGAGGGGCGGGUCAAAACUCUUCGACAGGGGGCCCUCAACGUCUGUAUGUCGACUCCUCGUCUCUCACCUUCCUUCCCCGCCCCCCGGUUCUGCGGAAUUACGGGGGUGAUGCGGCGGGGGCAGGCGUGUCGAAUCCGGCUCUUUCGGCUGCUGCUGCACAUGCAGCAGCAGCGGCGGCAGCUGCAGCAGGCAGCGGGCGUGGAGGCAGCAAUGGGGCGCACGCAGCAGGAAAAGCCGGGGGAGGAGGUGGAGAGGGUGGUGGGAACAGUCGCCUUUUGAAUACUCCCAGCACGUUUAAGUUCGGCGGGAAUGCUGUUCCUGCAGGCAAGGCAGCCGGUGCUGCUGUUGCACCCGGCUCCAUGGGCAGCAGCACAGCAGCAGGCAUGGCUAGCGCCUCGUCCCCCCAGCAGCAGGCCACUGGCAAAGCGCCUCUCCUCUUCCUCCCCAACUUCCCCAGCUUCCCCUACCCGCACCUCCCGCCCUUCUCUCGCACGCCUGGGCAGCAGUCCACGUCCGUGCAGCCGCCUCCUCUGCCGUCCUUUGCUCACAUGCCCACUCAUGAUCAGUCGGGGAUUAUGGGUGGUGUGGGCCCCGGUGGGAAGGCUGUCUGGAUGAAUCCACAGCCGCAGCAGCACCAGCAGCAGCAGCAUCAGCACCAGCAGCACCAGCAGCAGCAACAGCAGCAGUACCACCACCAGCAGUACCAGCAGCAGCAGCAGCAGCAUGGCACACAGAUGGCAGGAAAAGGGGGACCGUUAAAGUCACCCCCUCCUGAUGCAACUCAAGGGUCGGCAGCGGGGAAGGCAGAGGAGCAAAGGCAGGCCAAGGGGCAGAAGCGUGCAGAUAAGCAGAGUCAAAAAGACACCCCAAAGGAAGGCCAGAGAGGCAAGGAAGGCGAGCAGGCAGGGUCACAGCAGCAGCAGCAACAACAACAGCAGGGCAUUGGUGGUACUGCUGGUGACAGCGGCAGCGGCGCGGCUAUCAACGUGGAAAAACUGAGGUACCAGAACGUGUCGUUCCCCCAGCGCAUAUACACCGUCAUUGGGGUCCCCAUAGGGCCCAGAGCGGCAGAUGCGGAUAUGCAUGCAGCGAAUGGGUUGGGUAAGGCGGGUGCGGAAGAGAGGGACCCGAGGGAACAGCGUGAAGGGGGGGCUGUAGCACGUGACGCAGGUGCUGCUGGGAGGUCGGGUGCAGGGAAGGAAGGGAGACGAGGUGGGGAGGAGAGAAGCGCACAGGCGAAGGGAGGGUACCGGGACUGGCUGGUGGAAGGGACGGAAGCAGCAGCUGCUGCAGCAGGAGAAGCAAGGGAUAAGGACAGACGAGUUAGCGUUGCUGGUGCUGGUGGCGAGAAGGCAGCGCUCGGGAAGGAAGUGGAGCAAGGGAGCAGGGCAGCAGGUGCAGGAAGGCAGUGGGGUGAGGAGGAGCUGGAUGCGUUGUGGAUGGGUGUGAGGCAGUAUGGGCGAGGGCAAUGGAAGGCUAUUGUGAAAGACAGAAAGCUGAAGAUGAGAGAUGGGCGGACAGUGGCGGAGGUAGAGGAGAGGUGGGCUGAAGAGGAGAGGAGGGUUCUGGGGUGGACUGAGGCGGAGCAGGAAAGGAGGGAGGAGAGGGAGAGAGAGAAGAAGCGAGAAGGGAAAGAGUUGGAGGUUGGGGAGGAGGAAGCAGAUGACGUUAUAAUGCUGGGGGCUGAUGAGGUGCAUAGGGAGAGGAGCAAGCGAGGGGGGGACGUUUCUGGAAAGGGGCGAGAUGUGCAGAGGAGGGAUGGUAAGCGGAAGGUUGGUGAAAUGGAGGUGGAGGGAGGGGACGGCAGGGAGAGUGGGGAAGAUGAAAGGGAGCGUGUGGUGGGGAAGAGGGCACGGGGAGAGGGGCAGGGAGGAGGGAGAGGGGUGAGGUCUUAUGAAGAGGUGGGAGUGGGUGUAGGAGGGUUUGAGAAAGAAAAGGGUGGAGAGAGGAAAAAGGAGAGAGUAGUGGCAUCAGCAGAAGGUGCAGAGGAACUAGAGCAUGGUGGGGUUGGGGGUGCAAGACAUCAAGUUGCAAGACAACAAGAUGCACACGGAAAGAGCGGAGUAGGGGACAUGAGUAUUGCUGGUGCUGGUGCUGGCGCCAUUGUUCCCUAUAGCGAGAGCAGGAAGGGCGGGGAGAGGGAGAGUGGGAUAGCAGGCAAGGAGAGGGCUGAAGGUGCUGACAGGCGGGGUGGAAUGGAACGGGCGACUGACAGUGAGCAAGGGCUGUAUGCCAGAGAUGGGAUUGGCAUGGUGGAGGAAGAGGAAGAGGAGGAAGAUGAUGUUCAAGUCAUCCCACCGUUUGGGUCCACUGCCCCUGUUGCUGGUAAUGGUGGUGACAGCGCAGCAGCAGGUGCUGCUGCUGCUGCCAGUGACAGGAAGGGCAGAGAGGCACAGGAGGCAGGGAAGGACGGAUGGGGCGCCGAGGACAGAAUACAGCAGUCCCCGACUCAUGUCUCACAUAAGAUCACUUCACCGCGUGGCACCACUUUGCACUCCUCGUCUCAUCACCUCCUGUCCUCUCCCAAGCUUUCCUCUCCUCACUCCCAGCCCCGUCACACCAGCAACCAGUCUGCUGGUCCCCCGCGGUCGCCUCUUCUGUCCCUUCCGGCUCCCCCCUCUGCGCCCUCACCCUUGCCCACUCAGAGCUCUCCCUUAACACCCUUGGACUCUAAGCAGCAGCAGCAGCAGCAGCAGCAGCCUGCGAGGGCUUCUAUGCACUCUUCCAAGGAAGAGCAUGGGGAUGUGUCAGGGCAAGCACCGACCCACGCACCCACUGCCCUCUCCAAGGCCCCAUUCUCCACCCUCCUCUCCUCCCCACCAGUCCCCAAGCCCCCUCCUUACACUCAACCACCCACUUCUGCUCCCACAUCCACACCAACCAUGCCCACCGCUUUCCCUCCAGCAUCUGCUCCAGCCCCACCGCUCUCCACCGCAAUCAUUUCUCACUCCUCAAGACCCACAUCUGGGCCGCUUCCCCCAGUGCCUCCUGGUUACUCCUUCCUCCCACCUCCCCGCCGCUCCUCUGCCCCCGCGCGCCCCAUCGCUUCUUCCCAGCUCACCGCUAUUUCUGUGGCAUCCAAGCAUCUCGCUGCUGAGUCCACGCCAGUGCUGCCGAGAGCUGCUUAUGUGGCGCCGCUUGAUUGGACGCCGCGGCCGUUGCCGAGGAUCCGCAAGAUGAAGAAGUUCUGGAAGCUUCAGAGGAGUCGCGCUGCUGCUGGGGCUGCAGCAGUUGUGGGUGCAGGUGAAGCAAGGGGAAAUGGAACUGCAGAUCCGUCCGAUACGCGGUUCACCAUGGCGGGUGCAGAUCCAGUGGUGCCGGAAAAGAUGUCGGCCUGGCAAUACUCGAAGCGCGGCGGCGGCGCAGAGGCUUUGCAUCUGAACGAGAACGCACCAGUGCCGAAGCCUGGCAAGGGCGAGGUGCUGGUGAAAGUGAGCGCGGCGAGCAUCAACCCCGUGGACUGGAAGAUCCAAAACGGCUACAUCCCCAUCCUGCCGCUGCGCUACCCGGCCACUCCUGGGAUGGAUGUCGCAGGUGAUGUGGUGGGCUUGGGCCCAGGGGCCACCAAGUACAAAGUGGGCGACAGUAUCUUCGGCUCAUCAACGCCUUUCAAACUGGGUGCGCUAGCACAAUAUGCUGUGCUCCCAGAAUCAGGCAGUGCUUCCAAGCCCGCCGCCCUUUCUCCUGAAGUCGCAGCCGCCCUUCCAAUCGCGGGCGAGACAGCCCUUCAGGCCCUGCGUAAUACCGCCGGCUUGCCGUUGCCCGCCACUCCUGCUGAUGACAUCAAGGGCGGCUACAGCGGUCGUGUGCUGGUGGCGAACGCGUCAGGAGGUGUGGGGCAUCUGGCAGUGCAGCUGGCCAAGCUGGCAGGAGCACAUGUGACAGCCACCGUGGGAGCACGCAACUUCGAAUUUGCGAAAAAGCUGGGAGCAGAUGAGGUGCUGGAUUACAAGACAGAGGCUGGGCAGCGCCUGUCUGCCUCCGCUGCUACCCCACUGCCCCCGGCUGAGCUGUACAAUGCAGUGAUUGACGGCACUAGCGGCCUGUCUGUUGCCACUGUGGACCGGGUGCUUCCUCCAAACGGUAAGUGGUUGCACCUCACGCCACCACCUUCAAUCAUGGCUCUGGGGUUGUGGCGAUCCAUUGCUUUUCGCCCCAAGAGGGUGUACCCCAUUUUGAUGGAAGGCAAGGGCUCGGAUCUGGAGGUUCUGGCAAAAUUGGUGGUUGAUGGGAAGCUGAAUGUGACACUGGAUGUUACAGUGCCUUUUGAGAAGGCCAGGGAUGCAUGGACACGGAGCAUGGAAGGCCACGUGGUGGGGAAGGUGGUUGUGAAAAUGGACUGA